AUUUUCUAUAAACCACUAUCAAAUGUAGACAUGGCAUGAAACUUGUGUCACUGAAUUCAAUAUCUUUUAAUACCUGGGAACAGUAGAUUUAUUGAAAGGCUUCUUCGCCUAGGCCUUGAACCUUGUGCCUCUAAACAAGUUUUGACCAGUGGCUUUGUUUUGUAUAUUCAAACCGCCGACAUGUCCAGGCCUGGCCCACGUGACAAGAAACCCGCAAAAACGACCAGCCUUCCGGACAGUGUUCUUCACGGCUCAGAUGAUGCAGACCGACAAAUGGGGUUUACGAAGGAGAUAUUGAAGGAAGCUAUUGACCAGUUACGUCCUGAGUUUCAGAAGCUGGCGAUGGACGCAGCGAAAAGCGCUCUUGACUCAAAGAUGAUCCGGGUCAAACAAUUGGAAGAAGAGGUUGCGGUCAAAGAAAACGAACUGAAACUUCUUAAAAAUGAAAAGAAACGCCUUCAAAAACAGCUAGAACAAACGACCACAUCUAAAUCUGAAACACAGGCUAAGAUUAAAACUGUAGAAGAGCAAAUACACGCCCUAGAAGGUGAAAUUGGUGGACUGCGAGCAAAACUGAAACAGACAGAGGAAGCGCUUCGUAGAGAAAGAGCAAAAGCCGUGGAUGCGGAGAGCAAGAGAAGUGGAGAGGAAGAGAAAUUGAGAAAAGAGAGUGAACAGGUGAAGAAAAAACUGAAUGAAGUGCAAGCAUAUAUGGGAAGAAAAUUGGCUAUGAAAAAUGUGAAUGAAAAAAAUGCAAGAGAUCGAGAGAGACAGUUGAUGGAGGAAAACGAACAGUUGAAACGAGAACUGGAGAGAUUGAAGAAGGAAAAACCUUAGUCUUUUUUGGUCGACCAACGAGCCAUGAGAAAGGAAAUUUCUGUUUUGUUCUGCGAUAUAAAAAACGCUUAGCACGAGAUAUUUCGUUUGGGAAUAUCGUUGCUCGUGUGACUUUUAUGCAGCUGUACGUGUAUUAAUGGUAUCUGUUCAAGGCGGAACUAUUUAUUGAUAAACUAUUUAAUGAAACAAUAAACCAUUUUAUACCGAUAUUUACCGA